AACAGACCCGACGAUCGUUCCAACUAUGCAUACCGGUACCGGUAGCUACGGUAGAUCUUGGUCCGUCAGCAACAACGUGGUUCCAACAUCGACCUCAAGCCUCAAGCCAACCAAGCAAACAAUUCUAUUGCCAUCAUCUUGCCGGCGGCUUUGCUUGCUGAGGACGCACCUCUCCUGACAGUCUGAUCAGCAUCAUUUGAUAAUCGCCAACAAGUACUACGGUCGGGUCCUACCGUGUCUUGCUGAGGAAAGCGAAAGCGAAAGCGAAAGCAAAAGCAAAAGAGCCGACAGAUCCCGUUAUAAAGCCAAUGGAUACACAAUAUCGAGGAAGAUCAAGAUGAGCCUAGAAGAAGAGAAAAAAGCCGAAUCUGCUACUCCCGAAAAAGAGGCUAAAACUGCAACCGACGACAGCAUCACAUGUGACACCCUGGCUGAUAGUACAGAAUUGAACGAGAAGAAGGAUGAUAUGACCACAGAGUCUACUACUCUUGCCGGUACUGCUGGCAAUGAUGACCCCGAAGUAGUAGCACCGAUAGCUGCAGACACAGAAACAAAAGGCGAAACACCGCCAAGUGCCGACCAAUCUGAAUCUGCCAGUACUACUGAGGCCGCAAAACCGGAAGAGUCUACCACGGAAGCUAGGAAAGCUGAAGAUUCGACUCCUGAAGUACCCACUCCUGAAGCUACCCCUGCAUUAGACGACACUCUCGCCGAUGAUGAAUCGAAUAACAAUCCACAAUCAGCAGCAGCAGAAGAUGUUGGUACUGCCAUUGUGAGUAGUGGACCAGGCACUGUAGGACUCUAUGAGGGUGGUCUCAAGCACGCCUUUGUUCCCGGUGAUCACGUGAUUCGCUGGGAGAUGCUACCCAUCGUUUGGCCCAUUCAAAUACACGGCAUUGUCUUGGAGACUAGCAAAGAUUAUGUCAGUAUCUGCGAUUUUGGACUCACGGCCGAGCCCAGACACGAUCUCAAGGAAACAGAACAACAAGCAGCUGCUGCCGCUGAAGAGGAGGCCAAAGAGGAAACAAAAGACGAAAAAAUCAACACCAACAAAAAACUACUCGCUGCCUGGGACCGUGUCAAACCACCCGACAAUACCAAAAAGGAACGAAUCACUGUGCAUAUCAUUACCACACAAGACGAGCUAAAGGCAUGGAAAAAAGUGAAUUAUGGACAAGGACUCUUUGGUACGGGACCCCAAGACGACGGCAGCAACCCAGACCACAACCAAAAUGGCGCUGCUGAUACACAACAACAACAAUCACAGCAACAGGCAUCGUCAGAAGAAAAUCCCAGACCCCGCACGCGUGUUGGACAACGUGUUGGACAAUGGUGGCAAAAUGCCAAACAACGAAGGCAACAAGGCAAGCAACAACAACAACAGCAAGGCAAGGACCAGCAACAACAACUGCCGCCGCCGGAUUCCAAUGACAACACGGAGAACACGGCAAUGGACGCCGACAACCCUGAUGCGGCUACAUUUGCCGGCAAUGCUUCCAUGUCCACCUUGAUCACGAGUAGCGAUACAUUCGAUGGUGGUGAUGAUGCCAACAAACAGGCGACUCUCAAACACUCCAAGAGUGACCCCGAACUGGCAUCGUCCAACGGAACUGUCCAAGCAACCACUGCAGAAGAAGCCAAACCAGCAGCUGCUGCAGUACCGGCCCGCCGACGCAUCUUUGCCAGACUGCGACGCCACAAGUCACGAUCCACCUCUCCCAGCAAGAACGAUAAUGCCAACAAACUACCCAAAUCGGAUCCACCCAAAUUGGUCCUUGCCAGAACCAGAUUCCUGUUGCAAUACGGUGAAAAGGUUCUGCCACCCUACCACCCGUUCAAAGCCAACUCGGAAUGCAUUGCCGUCUUUUGCAAAACAGGUCGUUGGAGUACCCUCCAGGCAUCCGUGUUUUUGCAUUCCACUGCCAUUGGGAAUGCCAAGAGUAGCAUGGCCAUGACACUGGGUGUGGCAGCAUCCGUUCCACUCUUGGCUCCUGCCAUUGCAGGGAUUGGUCUAGUAGCCGUUGGUGCGCCUUAUGUCAUUCUCAAUCAGAGCAGAGAAUUCUGGCAACAAGAAACAAUCCGUUUGAACGAAUUGGUGUGGGCACAAGCGGAACCAGAAGUGUUUGUGGAGUGCAUUGAGAGGUGGAGCAAUAUUGGCAAGAAGAAGGAGGAAAAGAAGGAUGGCGACGACAACAGUAACACCAAUGAUGAAAGCAAUGCAGAGGAUAGCACGCGGCAAGACGGGUCAGAGAAGGACACCGCGGAGGAGGAGCAAAAUGGGGCGAAGGAUGAACACAGAGAGACCCCAGAGACGGCAGAAAAAGUCAUGGACUCAAGCGCCAAGAGCGCCACUGCCCCUCACAAAACAACGACGACGAAGACCAGACCCAAGGAACGAUUUGUAUCUGUGUGAACAUACAAUCUCACCUUUCGUUGAAGGGAUAUUCAGGUGGUCAUCAGAUCGGAUCUGAGGAACGUCGGGAUGAUUCAAUUCGAUUCAAAGCAGUCGAUAUAUUAUUGGAGGCACUGCAGCUUGUACAAUUUUAACAACAAAAUUAGGAAGCCAUUUUUAAGAUACAAGUUUAAGGGGCGGUCCAACAUUGCUAA